AUGAAUACUGUAGAGGAGAAUAUUCUAUGUUUGAAUUGUAAUAGUUUUUUAUGUAUAAAAUGUACAUCUUUACAUAGAAAUCAUUACUUUCAACCAGUAGAUAAAUUAAGAAUCUAUUUGGAAAACAACAAUUGUAUCAAUGAACACUAUUUCAAAAAAGCUCGUAUAGUCUACGCUGAAAUUCAAACUGGAUUGGGGAAUUUAAAAUCAUAUGUAGCUGAAAAACAACGACGUCACCAAAUGGGAGAAGUUAUCAAUGUACUUGAAUUAUAUCACUACAUUAUCAAAGAAAGGGACAGAAUCUAUCUACUUCAUUAUAUCUUCGAAGAAAUCGAGAAAGAUCGAACAACAAUUCAAUUGAACUUCUUGAGAAUUGGUCAUUUUUUGGCUUUUUUGUACACUUCUCUCGACAAAAAUCACCCUCUAAAAAUAGGUCUAUAA